AUAAUUAAAAAAAAAAAGAGAGCAAAAUGCAACCACAACACCGCCAGCGUAAACCACGAAAUCAAAAAGAGGCGGGUUUAGCUUUACCCCGAACCACCAGAAUGGCGACUUCGAAAGACGAUUCCGACAAUUCUGCCGCCAAUCGCCGCCGCGCUAACUCCAACACCAAGUUCUUCGAUGACGCUGAGAAAGUUCUCGCGUAUCACGGUCCUCGCAUCUACGAAGCAAAGGUACUAAAAUCCGAGAUUCGUAAGAAUGAGUGGAAAUAUUUCGUUCAUUACCUUGGCUGGAGUAAAACUUGGGAUGAAUGGGUUGGUGCUGAUCGGCUGAUGAAAAAAACACCCGAAAACGAGCGUAAACGGCAAGCACUUGACAAAAAACAGGGCGUGGAACCUAAGUCAGCACGCUCAAAUCAAACAAAGUCAAAAAUAUCUGACGAUGCAAAGGCGGAUAAGGACAAGGUGAAGAGCAAUGGGGCAAAAGGCAAGAAGAGGAAGCAUGAAUCGAGCGCUGAGAAGGAGAAUGCAACUUCUGCAAAACUGGUAGCCAUUGAAAUUCCAGAUUCUCUGAAACAGCAGCUUGUUGACGAUUGGGCAUUUGUCAACGAGCAGAAUCAGCUUGUUAAACUACCGCGUUCUCCAAACAUUGAUGAUAUAUUGAAAAGUUACCUUGAACAUAGGGCAGAGAAGGAGGAAAAGAUGUCAGAUUCAGUUGGAGAGAUUUUGAAGGGAUUAAGGUGUUACUUUGACAGGGCCUUGCCUGUUAUACUUUUAUACAAUAAAGAGCGUGUACAAUAUCGCGAAUCAGUUAAAGAUGAUGUUUCUCCGUCAAGCGUAUACGGUGCUGAACAUCUGCUACGCUUAUUUGUUAAGUUGCCCGAGUUAUUACCGUACGUGAACAUUGAAGAGGAGAUUCUAACGUCCUUGCAAGAAAACUUUCACGACUUUCUCUUGUUUUUGGAGAACAACCAAAGCUCUUUUUUUCUUUCUUCAUAUGAUGAUGAUGAUGAUGAUGAUGACGACGACGAUGAUGAUGAUGAAUGAAGAGUUUCUGAAGCUUAAGUAGGGAGGGGUGAAAUGGGAAUUUCACUCUACCACCUCAUUCAACUUUAUUUCACAGUCCACAAAUACAAACACUCCAUGUGCCAAUUUUGUUGUGGCUAUAGCUUUUUUCUUUUUUUAGUCAUAAUUUUCUUUUUACAAUGAGUUAUCAACCCUGGUUAAUAACCAUGUGUUGUAUAGUUGGUUAACAUGAAUGUCAUGAAGUUUUGGUGAUUUUGCAGGUUGUUUGGUUA